GCCUGACACAGUGACUAGCCUUCUUGGGUCAGCUGUGGGUCCUUCAAGCAGUGACGUUCAGGCCGCUCCACAGUGUCAAAACUAUCAGUCGAACACCUCAAGGUCGGAAGGCACUUCAUCGUGGCAUUCAUGCAACAUCUGACAGGCUUCCUUCGCUAAGAUUCAGCUUUGAAAGCUACAUACCUCACGACGGCCAAGUCCCUUCUCAUAACCUUGUACUUCGUUCUCGAUGAGCACUUUUCAGAGACAUACCGUCUACUGAGCAACUUGGACGACCGAUUCAUCUUCGGCCACCAUCACGAUGGCAGGCCUAGCCGCUGACACUUGCCCAGCAAAGGCAGAACCAACCCUCUCCUUCACGCAAGGUCUCAUUCUUGGCCAGCUGUCAGUGGUUCUCGUUCUUGCCGCCUUCAUCAAAUUCUUCAUCUUCGGCGACCCUCCCUCACCAGAGGUGACAGCAUCACUGAGAGCAACAGAGCGUCGGUCAAGGACACUGGCUCAUAAGCGCUCUCUCCUCAGUCUUCGGACAGCAAACGCAAAGCAUGGCCAGCAGACGCUGAAUCGGAAGAAGUCGAGUGUUCUGCGGAACCCCCCGAAUCUGACGAUCGGUUCCAUCCUGAGCAAAACCUACUACAAUGUCGAUAGUCACCAGCCAGAAAGUUUGGACUGGUUCAACGUUCUCGUGGCGCAGACAAUCGCCCAGUUUCGUAGCGACGCGCAGCAUGACGAUGCCAUCUUGAGCUCUCUCACCAAGGCACUGAACGGAGGAUCGAGACCCGACUUUGUGGACGAGAUCCGCGUGACAGAGCUGAGCCUAGGAGAGGAUUUCCCCAUCUUUAGCAAUUGCCGAGUCAUACCCGUUGAUGAAGACGGCUUGAAUUUGGGUAGCGGCAGGACUCUCAACGCGAGCGCCGCAACGAGGGAUGGCGCGAAGCUGCAGGCUCGGAUGGACGUUGACCUUAGCGACAUGCUCACUCUCGCUCUCGAGACGAAGCUUCUCCUGAAUUACCCCAAGAACCUCAGUGCUGUGCUGCCCGUAGCACUCUCAGUCUCUGUUGUAAGGUUCAGUGGCACCUUGUCCAUUUCCUUUAUCCCGAGCAACCCUUCACAGUCCACCCCGACCAUGAUGACUUUCAGCUUCAUGGACGAUUACCGCCUCGACCUGUCGAUUCGAAGUCUUCUCGGAAGUCGGUCAAGGCUGCAAGAUGUGCCCAAAAUCGCCCAACUCAUCGAGUCGCGGUUACACCGUUGGUUCGACGAGCGAUGCGUGGAGCCGCGGUUUCAGGAGAUCGCCUUGCCGAGUAUGUGGCCGCGCAAGAAGAACACCAGGGGCCCUGAGGAUGGACUGGCCGAGAUCAACGCGUCGGUGAGCAGGGCAAAGGGAAAAGAUAUCAACCCGGACCUCCGCGCAGAAGCUCGAAGGGAAGUUGAAGCCGAGGCAAGGACGCAUACAGGUCGGGAACACGAUUCAUUACGUCGACGCAGGAUGCGCAGUGAUGACGGGUUGACGAUACCCGGCGCGAUGCCAGGGCUAGAUAUCGACAUGAAGACCUGAUGUGAUAAUUGCUAGGGCAGUAUCUACUGUAUUUACAACCACAACGCACCUCAGAAUCCUUGUGGAAACAGGCUCGCCGAGGUCUGGGUCAAGGGUAACAAACUUCUCCACCAAGUAAUGGCCCCGGUGAAUAAGAGUACAUAGCUCGACGGCCCCCCAGAAACGAGGUAGGCCCAUUGCAUUGCAGAACGCGUGUACCAGCACGAUGGCUAGUAGGCUUCCUGAUCGGAGGAAGAGGA